AUGGAAAAAGUCGUAAACAAAACAGUCAACGCAUUAACACGACUUGGUAAUCAUUUGGAACGACGUUUAUCUACUGGAAAUGAUGAUGAACAUCCAACUUAUGAAUCAUAUGAGCAACAUGAGGCGUUUUCUGGCUCUGGAUCUGCAUUUCGGCGACCACUAGAUAAAAAACCUGCUAAAAGUGAUUAUGCAUCAAGGAAAUUAAAUAAAUUUUCCUCAGACAAUCUAGCUGCUAGUCCUUCUGGUAGUAGCAGUUUCAAUAAUUAUCGACAAACUCCGAUAGAUCGUUUGAAUCGACCUCCGUAUGGAACUGGAAUAGGUGCUCCAUUAGCUUACGGUUAUCAAGGAGCAUCAGGGGCUCAACAAUUCGGCGGUAUGUCAGGAGAUGGGCAAUACGGUGGUAUGUCAGGAGGUGGACAAUUCGGUGGUAUGUCAGGAGGCGGACAAUUCGGUGGUAUGUCAGGAGGCGGACAAUUGGGUAAUGGUGCUGGUAACGUAGGUUAUGCUCCAGAUUACUACAUUGCCGAACGACGACAACUUGAAUUAGUCCCUGCUCCAAAACCACGAAUUAUCCGUCAGGAAGUUCGUGUGCCUUAUCCUGUCGAUCGUCCUGUACCUCAACCAUAUGCUGUUAAAGUACCUCAACCAUAUCCUGUUGAUCGACCUGUUCGUGUUCCUGUACCUCAACCUUAUCCUGUUGAUCGACCUGUACCUUAUCCAGUAGCAGUUCCCUCACCACCGGUUCAAGUUCCUGUACCUGUUCCUACACCAGUACCGUGCUAUAUACCUGUCCCAGUACCAGUGCCAUCACCUCCUCCAAGUCCUGUUAUGGUUGAAAAUUCAGUUACUUAUACUCAACGCUGGAUUCAACAAGACCGUCAAGCGGUCGGUUCACCACAAAUGUUUCAACAACAACGUCAAAUGGCUGGUUCACCACUAAUGUUUCAACAAAAUCAACAACGUCAAAUGGCCGGUUCACCAGUGAUGUUUCAACAAAAUCAACAACAACAACAACGUCAAAUGGCUGGUUCGCCAAUGAUGUUUCAACAAAAUCAACAACCUCAGUACUCUGGUAUGGGGAUGAACCCAUGUUGUUUACCCUAUGGUAGUGGUGCUUAUCAACAAUAA